AUGCGUCUCCCAUACGUGCCUGAUCCCCCAAACUUCACGUCGGAAGAGGAUAAAGCGGUGGAGCAGCGGGUGCGAGAGAGGCGGGGUGAGAAGGGGCUGAUAGCGUUGGAUCGGACAUUGCUGCAUUCUCCACCAGUAGCUGAUGGAUGGAAUUCAUUCCUGGGCUCCAUCCGUACCAAAACCAGUCUCCCCACUUCGAUCCGUGAAACGGCAAUCUGCCGCGUCGCAAUUCUAAACCGGGCAUGGUAUGAGUGGGAAUCGCAUUCUCCUAUUCUCUCAUCUGCAUCAGACGUCACUCCACAACAAGUCGAAGCAGUCCUGAAAUCUCCACCUCGUUCACCAUUAGUAGAUGUCUUGGGCCCUUCUCUCUCCACGCUACUGGCGUACACAGACGCUAUGACGCUGGAUGUCCAAGUUCCUGAUGCUGUAUUUGCAGAACUUAAAAAAUUAUUCAGUGAGCGUGAGGUCGUCGAAAUUACAGCCACAAUCGCAGCAUACAACUGCGUGAGUCGUUUCCUCGUUGCGCUGGAUGUUGGAGAGAGGAACGCGCAGACAGGACCCAAGGAAGGCGGAAAGGAGUAA